AUGCCGCCUCUUCUUGCCUCCACUCUCACGAAGUCUACGCAGCGCCUGCUCUUGCUGCAAUCAUCGACUGCUCAAUCAUGUUUGCCCAUAAUUCGCCGUCUCGUUACUGAGACUAGAAGCAAUCUCUCACAUCCAGGGUCAACAUUGUUGUUCUGCCUGUUGUAUCCGCCGUCGGCGUUCGCAGGCGCGGCGCAACUUGGGUCAGAGUGUCUGCGUACAUUCGACUGGACAGGAAAUGUGCCAGGAUACACCCUGGGAUGUACCAUCACACCUCCCGACAUCAGAGAGGAAAUAAGAGCCGCGGUAAGAUCUGCUCCCCCAGGUCCAGUCGUCGUGAUCGUCGAUUCUGUCGACACUCUCUUCUCCGACCUCGGGUCUCUCGCAAAAACUGAACAAUUUUUGUCUGAAAUAUUUGGUCUUGUAUGCUCGCGAAGCGGGUCUCGCCUCGUCCUCCAUGUUCUUGCGCCGUCCCCUCUUAUCCCCAUCCUCACCCAAACAAGAUUCUCUCCUGCUCUCACUCAUAUAAUAGCGCACCCCCCAGCUCUUCUCUCCCAUCUAGCCACUGCAUACCUUACGCCUCCCCCGCCGUUGUCAACGCCGGAGAAAUUCUGGCGCGUUUUCCUGCCAAUUGCGGACCGUCACUACGAGUCGGAGAAGCUUGUUUUCACCUCCGACGGCGAAGGUCCCGGAAGCGCAGAAUUCGCGGUCGAGCUGCUCGUCCGAGGCGCAGACGGAUCUGCGCGCAGAAAAGGCGUCGAGCAUGUCUUGGAGGGAUGGAUAGAUUCACAUAACAGUAGUGGUGGAUGUCCUUGUGACCUCCAGGACCUGGACGACCUUAAAGGCUUGUGGAAGCGAAAUACGAUUGAAGAGAUUGUACCUGAUCCCACUCAAAAUCUCCCCUUCAAUCUGAAUCUCACUGCGCAACAACAAUUAUCGCGCGCUCAAGUGCCGUUGCCUUACGAGCAUAACGGGACGUCCAAAGAUAAGGGUGUCGACGUCACACCUGCUGCCAUACUAUAUGAUCCUGAUUCAGCAGACGACAUUGACGAUGACGACCCAGACGAAGAUCUAGACAUUUGA